AUGGAUUGGUGCGACGCGGAGAAGUCGACUCACAAAGACCCGUGGUCACUCAACCCACCGUGCAAUCCGAUUCCGCAGUGUCGAGGAAAUGUCGAAGGACGUGCUCCGGAUGCGAGGGAUUGGCGCAAGAAUCUGCUCUACUACCAGAAAAAUGUCGAAGGUGUCCCAUGCGUCGUCUACAAGCAGUGCAGUGCUUUGACGGAAGAGGAGAGGCUGAAAUACCAUUGCGUCGGCUCAAUCAUGACAACAAGUACGACAAAAGCCUCGACGACGACAACGGCAAAGACGACUGCAAAGACAACGACCGAGAAACCGAAUGACGGGCUGGGGGAUGAGGUCAUCUUGAUUGCAGCCUUGGGUGGCGGCCUCUGCGUGUUCAUCAUCGUGAUCAUCAUCGUGUUGUGCUGUUGUCUGAAAAAGAAGGACAAGGGCCCGAAGGGCAAGAAGCCGAUUGUCGAUGACAUGAUGAACGUCGGCGCUGGCUCGGCGGUCGUCGACCUCGACGUGACGCCGAUCAGCAACACCGAGGAGGGAGCAACGGAUGCUAGCGAAAGCACUGGCGCAAAGUGUAAGUGCUUUGCGAUAUUU